AUGGCGACCAAUCAACAACGCACAACGGCAGGACUGUGUCAAGAGGGCGACGCACUUGUCGCAGCAGGCUGCGCCCUGCAGGCUGCUGCCUGCUACACAAGUGCGUUCAAAACUCACGUAGGUUCUACGGUGGCCCACAUGCGCAAUUUAGACGUAUCCAACUUUGGGAGAGUUGUUUCAGCCUUGGAGGGUUGGCUGGAUGGCGAGGAGGAGGACGAACAGAGGUCCAUGGAUGGCCUCAACAAGGGCCUGGCAGCUGUCUUCCUGUCAAUGCUGUGUCCCAACAACCUCUCUGCAUCGCUCUUUAAAAUGGAGAGCAUCCUACAGAGAGCGGACCCCAGCUCGGAGGAGAUAUUUGCCCGGUGCUCUGCCCUUCUGAACAGCAAAGGUCAGCCUAACCCCACCGGCACCAGGCGUUUAAUCCUGGAGCUCACCCGGGCCCUGGCUCGCUUUCUGACCGAGCCAGAGAACCCGACGAGAGCCCUUCAGCUGUACUUGAAAGCUUUCCAGAAGCAGAAUUGUGAAUGUGUGAGGCUCCUGAGGUCCCGGCAAGCUCACCACCUACCCAAAAUCCUCCAGGCGUUUUCCGAGCAGAUGCAAAAGUGCAGAGACAUCAGUGGGAAAGGUCUGUCUGAACAGAAAACAUUUGAUGCAGUGGAUUAUAGCCCCCUGCAGGCGUCUGAAAUCCUUGAGUUUCUAUUGGCCCUUUCUCCAGGUGACCCCAACGUGCAAAAGUGGCAAGGUGAACUCUCAUUGUCCCUUGGCAAGUUUGAGGAAGCCGCGGAGGCCUUUUCUCACGCACUCAACCUGUACGGAUCCCAACCAUCCAAAACGAUGAACAUAGACCACGGACGGCCGAUGCUGAAGCCUGCCGAGAACCGGGCGAGCUGCCUCGUGGGCAGGGCGGCUGCCAACUUCUCGGUAGGCGGUCGCGCCGAUGAGGUGUGCCACGAUCUCGGUGACGCUUUCGCCGUGCACCCGGCCACGGCCAGGCUGCAGUUCCAGCGGCUCUUCUCCGGCAACGGGGCCGCCCCCGCCACCAGGGUCCUGCUCCGCCAGCAGGCCGAGCGAGGCCUGUCGGGCUACCGGGAAACCGUACUGGCCCGUCCGGACCUCCGCUCCACAGAGGGCCUGGAGCUGCUCGACCCGGUCCUCGCCCAGCUGCGGACGCUGUGCCACCUGGAGCCCGACGGCGGGGGCCGGGAGCUGCGCGUGCGGCUGGCCGACUGCCUGCUGCUCCGGGGGGAGGUGAGGGAGGCCCUGUCCAUCAGCAGCCAGCUAGCCUCUGCCGCGCCGCCCCAGCAGAGCUACCAGAACACCGUGCAGGUGCUGUGCGGCUACGCCCGCCUUCUCUCCGACGACCACCAGGGGGCCAUGCAAGACUUCCAGGCGGUGAUCGAGCACCGGGCGCCACACCCGUCCAGCUGCGUGCGGGCGCUGUGCGGCAGGGGGCUGCUGCGCAUGAUGGCCGGGUCUCACUACCUGACAGCGCUGGACUACCUGACGGCCAGCGGGCUGCAGCCCCAGGAGACGGCGUUCACCGUGCGUUGCCUGGUGCCAUGGAACAGCCGGGGCCUGCUGUGCACCGUGCUGCUGGAGCAGGGGAGGGUUAUGCUGGAGCACGUCGUGGCCAAGUGCUUGGGCCCAUCAUUGCCACAGGAGCAGGAACAGGCUGCACCGUCAGCGCAUGGCAAGGAUUCACUGUCCUCCUCCAAAGAGGGGUGCCCGGGUGGAGUGCACGCGCUGGCUCAGCUGCUGAUGGAGCUGCAGCCCGGCACGGACGCGGCCCAGAUCCUGAGUGCGGACGCCCUGUACCAGCUGGGCCGCGUGGAGGAGGCCUACCGGCUGCUGCUGGCCAUGGAGCAGCACAGCGCCGCCCGCUCGCCCGUCCUCGCCCGCCUCGCCCUGCUGCAGCUGCACCGCGGCUUCCUCUACGAUGCCAACCAGCUCCUGAAGAAGCUGAUCCAGUGUGGAGACACGAGUUGCCUGCGGUCGCUGCUGUCUGUGGCGGCCCACAAGGACCGUGUGCUGCUGGAGAAGCACUGCUACACGGCCUCCAAACGCAUCCUCACCGCACACAGGGACGAGGGAGCCAUACGCGAGGCCGUGGCCUACCUCUCCAUCGCCAUCAUGGCCUCAGGCGGGGAGGCCACCGACUCACUGCUGGAGCGAGCCAAGUGCUACGCCCUGCUGGGCCAACGCAAGACGGCCAUCUUUGAUUUCAGUGCCAUACUGAGGGAGCACCCGGAGCACGUGCCCGCUCUCUGCGGCAGAGCCCUCACCUACCUCACCCUCAACCAGCAGAAGGAGUGCACGCAGGACAUCUUGGCGGCACUGCGCGUGGACCCCGGGGCGGUGACGCAGGACAUCCUGUCGGUGAAGGAGCGCGGGCGCAAGCUGAUGUGCGAGUGGCUGCUGCAGGCGUGCCGUGACAGCCUGUGCCAGGCCGUGGCGGCCGACCGCGUGCCCAGCGACGAGCACCUACAGGAGGCCAGCCUGGUGGGGGCAGCCCUGCUGAAGAUCGACGGCCGAGACCCCCGCUGGCACCUGCUCUACGUGGAUACCUUACUUGCCAAAGGUGACAUGCAGGCGUCCGACUCGUACCUGCGGCAGGUGUUUGGGCAGGAGCCGCGGGAGGGCGGUGCCCACGCCAGGUGGGGGGUGGUGGAGGCGUGGGAGCAGCGCUGGAGGAGCGCCGCCCAGAGGCUGGCCAAGGUGGCCGAGAGGGACACGCCCACGCUAGACUUCCUGCUCCUCCUCAUUUGCCCCUCGCACCGCAAACGCCUCGCACAGGCUGCAUCCCAGGAGGCCAGCCGCAUGUCCCAGCAGGGCCAGUGGGAGAGCGCCUUGCCCCUGCUCUCUGUGGCCGUGCACGCCCUGCCCCUGGACGACCAGAGACACCUGCAGUACCUGCGCCAGCGCGCCGCCUGUCUGGCUCGCCUGGGGCUGCAUGAGAGGGCCGUGGCCGACCUGGACAAGGUCAUUCAAGGUCAAGCGUCAACCGACAGCAGUGGCAGCAGCAGCAGCAGCAGCAACAGUACCAGUACCAGCACCGCUUCCAACGCGGACACGGAGGACACUGAGGACGGGUCUGGAACCAGGGCUGGGACUGGGCCUGGGCCUGGGCCUGGGUCUGGGACAGUCGAACACGCGCUGUGGGCGGAGGACCUGUGUCGGCGCGGCCGCAGCCUGCUGCAGCUCCACCACCAGGAGCGGGCGGCCCUGCAGGACUUCUCCCGUGCGCUGGGCCUCCACAGCGCCCGGACGCUGGAGUGCGUGGAGGCCUGGGUGGGGCGAGGCCCGCUGGCAGCCCACUUCCUGCACGCCGCCUUGCAGUGCUACGCCGAGCAGCAGCUGAGCGAGGCCUGGGCGCUGACCGAGAGGGGGCUGAAGGUGGACGGGGGCCACGCGGAGCUGCGCAGACUGAGGGCGCGAAUUAAACACGAAGCCUCCAACCACUGCAUUGUUAACUAGAGGUUUACUUACAACCACUGCAUUGUUAUCUAGUAGACAUCUACAACCACUGCAUUGUUAUCUAGAGGUCGACAACCACUGCAUUGUCAAUUAGAGGUCUACAACCACUGCAUCGUCAAUUAGAGGUCUACAACCACUGCAUUGUCAACCAGAGGUCUACUACAACCACUGCACUGUUAACUAGAGGUCUACGACCACUGCACUGUCAACUAGAGCUGUGUGCAUUAAAACGGCGGCAUAGCCCCUGCAACGUCAACAAAAGUUCUCUAAAACACUGCAUU